AUGUUGGUCCUCUUCGAGACGGCGGCCGGCUACGCCAUCUUCAAGGUGCUGAAUGAGAAGAAACUUCAAGAGCUAGACAGUUUGUGGAAGGAAUUUGAAACUCCGGAGAAAGCAAAUAAAAUAGUGAAACUAAAACACUUUGAGAAGUUCCAGGAUACAACAGAAGCGUUAGCAGCUUCCACGGCUCUGGUGGAGGGCAAACUCAGUAAGAACCUGAAGAAGAUCCUGAAGAAGAUCGUAGCCAAAGAAGCCCACGAACAACUGGCAGUGGCUGAUGCCAAGUUAGGAGGUGUCAUCAAGGAAAAACUGAACCUGAGCUGUCUCCACAGCCCAAUGGUCACGGAGUUGAUGCGAGGGAUCCGCUCGCAGAUGGAAGGGUUGAUCACCGGCCUGCCGUCCUCCGAAAUGGCGGCCAUGUGUCUCGGCCUGGCGCACAGUCUCUCUCGAUACAAGCUGAAGUUUAGCCCCGACAAAGUGGACACGAUGAUCGUUCAGGCGAUCUCCCUGUUGGACGACCUGGACAAGGAACUGAACAACUACAUUAUGCGCUGUAGAGAGUGGUACGGCUGGCAUUUCCCCGAACUGGGCAAAAUCCUCACCGACAACUUAACCUACUGCAAGUGCUUGAGGAAAGUGGGAGACAGACAGAACUUUGCCUCUUCCGAUCUUUCUGAGAUCCUGCCAGAGGAGAUCGAAGGCCAGGUGAAAGCCGCCGCCGAGGUGUCAAUGGGAACGGAAGUGUCGGAAGAAGACAUAAGUAACAUCCUCCACCUCUGCAACCAGGUGAUUGAGAUCUCAGAGUACCGAAACCAGCUCUACGACUACCUGACCAACAGGAUGAUGGCCAUCGCCCCCAACCUCACCGUCAUGGUGGGCGAGCUGGUCGGAGCCCGGCUGGUGGCCCACGCGGGCUCACUUCUGAAUUUGGCCAAACACCCAGCCUCUACCGUGCAGAUCUUGGGAGCCGAAAAGGCCCUCUUCCGAGCCCUGAAGACCAGGCGGGACACCCCUAAAUACGGACUGAUUUAUCACGCCUCUCUUGUGGGGCAGAGCACCCCCAAAAACAAAGGCAAGAUUUCCCGGAUGCUGGCGGCCAAAACCGUGCUGGCCAUCCGAUACGAUGCCCUGGGCGAGGACUCCAGUGCCGAAAUGGGGGUGGAGAACAGAGCCAAGCUAGAAGUCCGGCUCAGGCACUUGGAAGAGAGAGGGCUGCGAAGAAUAAGUGGAACCGGAAAGGCCCUAGCGAAAGCAGACCAGUAUCUGAACAGGAGCGAAGUGAAGACCUACGACCCGUCUGGGGACUCCACGCUGCCGGCCUUUUCCAAGAAACGCAAAUUUGAGGAGGUGGAGGAGGAGGAAGUCCCGGCGGUCAAAAUGAAAAAGCCCAAAAUCACAGAGGUGCAAGAGGAGGUAGAAGAGGAUGACACCCCCAAGAAGAAGAAGAAGAAAAAGAAAGAUAAGAAGAAGACUGAAGAAGCCGCCUCUGAGGAAGAGGCCGCCACUUCGGUAGUAGCUGAAACGCCAGAAAAAAAGAAGAAGAAAAAGAAGAAGAAUAAAGCAGAGUCUGAAGACUAGUGAAUAGUGCAAAGGAACCAAAGCUCUUAGGACAGAUUUUGCUUAUUUUCCCCUUGAAGUGCAUUUCUGUCACAUUUCCCACCAGAUCUGUGCUUCGGAAUAUCAAGAGGGGAGAGAGAAAGAGCAUCAGUGAGGUCAUCUUUUCCCGCUCUCGGUCCGGAAAAAGACACUUACUUUGUUGCAUACAGAACCAUACCGGAUCUUGUGGCAUCUAGCUUCGCUGAUGAGAUCUUAAUUCCUAUUUGAUAGACAAAUAAAACUAUUUUCUUUGUAUCUUUA